AUGCAAAGUUUUACUCUCACUCGCAUCAUUAUUAUCUUUUUUAUGAUUGUUCAUAUAACUCAAGUCAUAAAUGAAGCCGGAGUUGAUAAUUGUGGCCGUGGUACUUUUGUGUGGGAUGAUGCUCCUGAACACUAUUGCUUACAUGUAUACCCUAAACACACUCCAUGGGAUAAUAGAUUCAUAGAGGGAUAUCAAGAUUCUUGCUUUCGUGUUGAUGGUGUUAGAUUCAAUUGGGAUCUAAAUAAUUGUGAUAAUGAUCCCAUUACCCUUGAAUCGGAAUCGGAACCGGUCCCUACAAGAAGGAAAUCUCGUAAACGUCGUAAUACUUUGUCUCGUAAACGUCGUAAUAUUUUGUAG